AUUUCUAGCAACAAAAAAAAUUCCAGAAUAAACAAUUAUAUGUUUUAGAUUAUUGUUUUAUUUUUAGGAGAUAAGAUUAAGACCAAAUUUGCUAAUGUAUCGAAUGAAUCUAACUCAGACAGACAGUGCGGUAUACAAAGAUAUUUCUAACCAAAAAUAUAAUAAGGCUAGUGAAUUUUAUACACCUAUCUGCGAUUAUGUCUAUGAACGAAUUAUGUGUCACUUUACAACAUUGUGUCGAAAAAUUCGAGGAACAAAUCAAAUACGACUUAAACGAGCUCCAAAACGUCGUUUCCAGUCAAAAACUUGAUGACGUAAAACUUUCCCUGGAAAAAGCGAAGAACUAUCAUUAUGAGGAAAUAACCUCCUCUACCCAAGACCUGAUGAAAAUCGUAGAGAAAAUUACUUUUCACAUGAAGCAAAUUGAUUGGCUCAACGAUGAACAAAAUAUCAACAAGGAAACGCUAAGAAACUUUUCGUACGUGCAAAGACAAGUAUUUGCAUUCUCUCAAAAUGGGGGUGGUAAUAAUAACUCUCCUUCAAUUUUACGACCGAUGACAGAUGUCAAAAGAAACCAACGGAAAUCGACAUCUUUAGAUUCUAUUGGUUCUCUCGAAACUUGGGAAAACUAUUUAGAAAAUAAGGAAAAAGAAAAUAAAGAAAUCGAUAAAAAGAUUGAAAAUACUCGUAAAGGUGUUGUUAAAAGAACUCAGUCUGAUGCAAAGAAACGAAAAAAGUUUGUCUCUUCAACUAUGGAAGUGUUUUUGGAUCAAGACAGGGAGGUUUUAGACCCGAUAUUAGAAGAUGCAUUUAAUCCAGAAGAUGCAGAUGUAUAUGUACUAGUUAAUGAAUCAGAUUGUGGUGAAGAUAAUAUUCAUAAUAGUGAUCAGAGACUGUUUUUGUCUGAAUUGGCAGAAGUAUCAGAGGCUUCAGAUAAUGUAAAUAGAUUAAAAAAUAAUAAUUUUAAUAUAAAUAAUAAAAUGUCUUCUAAUGUAUCAGACAGUUGUGAUGAUUGUGUGAACGAAAGUAAUGAAAAACUCUCUCAUUCCCGAUGGCCUGCAGUAGCAGAUAAUGUGAAAAGUUUAGAAAAUAAUAGUUUAAUUAAAAACACUGAAAUUUCUUCUAAUAAGAUUAAAGAAACUCACCAUUUUGGUGAAACUGUAAAUGGAAACCAGAUAGUUGAUAGUGAAGAAAUCUUAGAAGGAAAUAUUGACAAGUCUACAAGAAAAAACAACGAAGAAGAUAGAGCUAAACCAAGAGUUAUUCAAUUAAUUUACAAGAAGGACCCUUCCUAAAAAGAACCCAUUGGCGAUAUUCUCAAUCUAAUCUAUAUUAAAGAGACUGCAAAUUAGUUAUUUAUAAAAUUCUUGUUAAAGGAAAUACUUUAUGGUGACAAUAAAUUAUUGUAAAAUUUCAAAAUAAAACGAUACCUCGAA